AACAAAUUUUAGUUGGAUUUGGAUGGACAAACAAUUUAGGGGUUCAUUACCCGCAAGGCAAGCAUCCCGGCCAAUUCACACUUCAUACCAAACGGACUGCUGAGAAAAGCAAACGAGCCUUAACCCUAACUUUGUCGUUCCUCAUUGGAUCCUUCCAACUCGCCAGCGGCGAAUUCACCAGCGGCCAGACUCCGGCGAGUUCGCAUCCGGCCUCUCCUUCUCCACCUCGCCAGGGGCCGGACUCCACGAACUCCAGUCACGGCUGAACACAAGUCCGGCAUCUCGAAUCGCUCCUCCACGCACUUGGAAUCACAGUUCUGCAUCUGGUCAUGGCAGCAGCAAGAGUUGAAUGCCUGGAGAUUAGGAAUUAUUUUAAGAAAAAAUGUGGUAACCGGAAAGAUGGGGAUGAUGAUUACCAUAUAGAGCUUGACAUGUUGCACUUUUUCAGGUAAAAACUUCUUUAUUACUUUAUAUUCCUUUUUUAUUUGUAAUUAUCAUUAACUACAUUCAUAUAAAAACUAACGACUAUUCACGUAAAGACAAAUUAGUUUGAAUCUAAGUUCAGUGUACAUGGCAAAGAGAUGCUAUGGUAGUAUGAAGGAUGGGAUAUUCAUCAAAGGGAAUGUUCUGGAGAUGCAUUCUCCUAAGGCUACGGCCUUUGACAAAGCUUCAAUAGCAAAAGAUCUUGAGGAUUUCAAGUUUGUUCUAGAUGAUAUACUCCACACUACCCUACUCGUUGAUGUUUGGAGACGGAAGGGAUUCGAGGAUCUUUCAAAAAAGCUUGGCAAAAUUCUUCGAGUAUAUGAACGAAGAUUAGGGGAAUGGUGUCAAAUUUUGGUUUUUAGUUUUUUUUUUAUAUAGCACUUCACAUCCAACAAGUGUGUUACUUAUUACGGGGGUAUAAUUUCAAAAAUACAGUUGUGAAGACUUUGCUGCAGAAUUUCUUUGGACUUUGGACACCGCUCUUCUACGCUCAACAGUGGAGAAUCUUGAGUUGAUCGAGAAGAUGUAUUCAUAUUUGUAUAAAGCUUCCAUAAUCUCAAGAUCAGAUUUAGCCGAGACUACAUGGGGGGUUAGAGGAAAAAAGAAAAUGAGUAAAGCCCUUCAUAAUUGGAAUUUUAAUGCGGGUAAAAAUUUUGGCCCGUUCAAAAAAAUGAUGGAGAUUGUUUUCCAAGACCAAAUGAAUGAGCAAAAAAGUCACAAAAGUAAUGCCAAUGGUGUAAGGAAGAGCAAUUAUAAACCUCUUGAUAUCAUUUUCUUCUUAAGGAAUGCCGUUGAGAAUCACCGCUUCGAUGAGGGUUUUAGGGGUGCAUGUGACUUGUAUCACUCAUUUGAGAGAUAUAUAUGCACCCUUCGCUAUGAGGGCGAGACAUGUUUUUAUUGCGUGGUAGAGGAGAUCCGAGACGCUUUCAAGCAUCACAUUCAAAACUUAGAAUGGAUGUCAAGGGAAGAAAAAAACACUUUGCUUGAUUACCUCCACAGCUCAAGGAGGGACGACAGCGAGUUGGUGAGAUGAUAACCCGUAUGAUGGCCAUAUAGGCAGGUUUGGAGGCAAAGGCGCAUGCCCCGAGGAGUUCAUUCUCGUUCGAUGAAGCGUACGUAGGUACAACAAGCACGUACAUGCACAGCGGGAGAGGAAGAGGGAAAAGGAAAGAGCCUCUCUCAUUAGUAGUUUUUUUUUACAGUGUAGUUUUCUAUAUUUGGCAGAUUACAUUAAUGCCCCCCUCCUCCAUUGAAUACACUAUUUUAAUACCCCCUGUUUGAAAUUAGGAGGCUGAUCAUUGUUGUCCCUUCACGAAGCUAAUACUCUGUAAUUGUUCCAGGCCUGCUAAUUAAUACUCUGUAUGGCUCUGUCUUUAUUGAUGUUUUUUUUUGACAAGUUUAUUAAUGUUUC